UUUGCCAGCGCCCCAUCACCUAAUCCGAAGCGCAGACACGUCGUGACCCGCCGGGAUUAUUGCUUUCAACCCCCUCCUCCCGUGUCCUUAUCCUAUCUCACCCCCCACGUUUGCCACUACCGAACAAACAACAAAGAACGCGAUUGGCUCUUUGUGCGUGAAUACGCUAAGGGUAAUAAUUCCGAUCGUGGAAUCACCGGAGCUUUGUUAGUAGGGCUCUUUGGCUCUUCCGUUCUCCGCUUUUCCUCCUCAUUCUACCACCCACCUCUCUGA